UCGAUGAAAUCUUCGAAAGGCAUUAGUAAGAAAAGCAAAACCAUGGAUUAUACGACUAACGCCUACAAUGAAGCUGUGAGUCGUCUGAAGUUAAUGUUGGCUGAUUCUUAUGCCACACCCAAGAGUAGCAGUACAUACUUGCGUAACUAUGUUGAGGAUUCUACAGAUAAUCUCUCAGAUAACUUAUCGGUAAUUGAUCGUCCAGUUUUGUCGGAUAUAUCCAAAUAUUUGUCCACAAACCAACGUGCGCGUUUAGGCUCUUUUCGCUCUAAGAAGUCGUACAGCACUUCUAAGGAAAAUCUUUUAGCACCUACAAUUUACCAGACCACAACACCAACUGUAGUACCUGUGGAUUAUUAUGUACCUCCAAAGCCACAGUUAUCGGCUGAUAGUGUACAAGCACCAGUUGAAAUUUUCAAUUUCAUUGAAAAGCAAGAGGAUUACAUAGAACAGUUAGAAAAGGAAUCGAAGUAUUGCCGCAAUGAGUUAACCAAUUUACUUGGCAAAGUUAAGGAUGUUAUCAAUGAAAAUGAGCAAUUAACAGAAAAUGCGCGAAACGAAUUGGCAACCUUAACGGGCCACGAAAAGCACAUAAGUCCUUCUUCAGACAGUGAUGAUAAUAUUUUUGCUAGCAAAAAGACAAGUACACCACGCAAAAAGGAUGUGGGUCUUAUUAAAUCGCCACGUUAUGCCAGUGCACCAAAUAUAGUCUAUGAAGCACGUAUAAGUGAGCUUGAGGCAGAGCUAAUGCAAGCCAAUAUAGAUUUGAAACGUUUGAAGAAUGAAAAUGAGGACCUUAAACAUAAGGUGUCACUAGUUGAUCCACUUGUCAUAGCGAAAAAUGUAGGUCCUGUUAAUUGUGAAACACAUCGGAAACAAAUUGAGCAUUUGCAGAUGGAUAAAGUCGCAUUGGAGGAAACUGUGCGACAAUUGCAGAAAUCAUUAGAUGAAAUGAAGGCUCAACAGUACAGUGCUACCUCAAAACGUCAUGCAAACGAUCUGAUGCAAAUGGAACGUGCACAGUCAGAGUUGGAGGUCAAGCAUUUACGUGAUGAACUUGAUAGGCAACAUGAACGUGUGCGGGAGUUGCAACAUGAAAUGUCAAGACGCAUUGCUGACGAGCGUGCAAAUGCUGAACGACGUUAUAACAGUCAAGUCGAUCAACUUGGUGGAGAUUUGAGUAAUCAGUGGGAACAAGUGGCUAAGCUACAAUUGGAUUUAGAACGACAGAAGCGUUAUGAAACUGACUUAAAACGAGAUUUGGCUGGUCGCAAUGCACAAAUUGAAGAAUUAAAGAUGGAAUUGCGCUCAAAUCGUAGCACUUUCCUGGCUGAUAUGGCACAGGUUAAUGCUGAAAAACAAUCGUUGGAACAGGAAAUCACUUCAUUACGCUUGCAAUUGGAUCGUGCAGCUAGGGAGUCGAAAACUGAGUCGGCACGAUUAAAUGCGGAAAUAAGUUCAUUGCGGCAACGCUUGGAUCGUGGUGACGCUGAUCUGUUGCAUGCUAAGCGUGAAGUUUUGCGUUUAAAUGAUGAAAUAGCAAAUCUGGAAAAAGAGUUAGCUUACGGUGAACUGAAAAAUGAGAUACGUCCAACGAAGAAGGACUUGGACAAACGCAUGUCCGAAAUGCAAGAAAAACAUGUUGAAACUGUUAGUGAACUUGAAGAAAUGAUACAAAACCAGAAGCAACUCAUGGAUAAAUUGACAAACGAGUGUAAAGUGUUAACAAAUAGAUUAGAGGAUACCUCACUCAAGCAUAAAACGGAACUAUCGACUCUACAAUCGAAUGUAGAGUACUUGACAAAUCGUAUGUUAAAUAAUGAACGUUCUCCGACCUCUUACAAUAGUUUACCAUCUGCUAAAGCCUCUCUCGACUACAAGCCGACCACAUUUGGCACAACCGAUACCGCGCGCAUCCUCAGCGACUACAGCAAAACCUCUCCAUACAAUUACGACUCCAUCCUCGCUAAAUCAACAACAGCCGAUACUUACCCCACAGCAACUACUGCGGCAACUACAGCAGCGUCAUCCUACGAUAUUGAUGCCAUUAAAUCCAAAUACGAAACUUCAAGAAUCGAUAACGGAAUCAGUGACUACAAGCCCAGCUAUAGCUAUGGACUCGACGAAAACGACGAUGAAAAUCUCAAAGACAACAUCGGCGAAGGAGAAAAGCAACAAUAUCAGCAGCAACGAAAAGAUGAAGGCAACAUCGGGGAAAUCAGCACAACUGAACAUAAAACCAAACCAACCUAUGAGCUCAACUCCAACUACAACGUCGGCGAAAUACAAAAAACGGACACAAACAUGGCCCCUGCCGCAAUCAGUGACUACAACAAUGACUACAGCGGCUACGAAGGCUACGAUCAGCAACAAUAUGAUGCAAGCGCGUACGAUACAACAUAUGAUCCGCAACAAUAUGAUGGUAGCCAACAACCAUAUAUCGGCAACGAGCAAUACGACACCAGCGCAGGACAAGCAUACGACACAAAUACUGAACAAGGUGGUGGAUACAGUGACUACACAGCCGCCGACUACAACACUACAACAUACGAAUAUGAUACCCCAAAUACUGGUACAACAAUCUCCAGUGAACCUCAACAACAACAACAACAACAGCAACCACAAGCAACAAAAACCAACAACGAAAUCAGGUCACCACCGCCGGCAACACAACCAACACCAAUCACAUCAACGACACCGAUUGGCGCAGGAAGCAGCACGUUGCCUGGAAGCCGCACAACAACAGAAAGCCGCCCUCAACCACGAACGAGCGGUGGCACUAUGGGCUCAACAUCUGCAAGUGGAGCAGUCAGCGGCGGAAAAUCCAAUCUGCCACAACAGUCCGCCACGGCAGCUGCCAAAAAGUAAUUACGUAGUACAAAACGCAGCGGAUAACAUCGAAUUAUUCGAUCCAUUUGAACUGGAAUUUAGUAUAAGUAGUCCAAGUUUAUUGCGCUCCUUUAG